UGAUCAUUAUACCAAACGUUUGGUUGUUCUCCUACGAGCGCGGGAUAAGCUAGAACUCCUUGCCGUCGCUUAUCGCCCCCAAGAAAAAUAAAAAAAAGACAAGUUGCGCUUCAAUAUGGGUUCCACAUCCAGUGACGGUUCCCUUUCCUCCCUCAGAUACAUUGCACAGUCGUACAACCAUGCGGACUCGCAAGCCUCCGCGCUGAGGCUCAUUUUGACCCUGAACCCCCACUGGGAGGGCGCAGACAACAAGAUCGAGUUCGUGCGGUUUACGGACGGCAUCACCAACACUCUUCUCAAAAUCAUUAAUCGCAAACCUGGCUGGACCGAGGAGCAGAUAGACAAUGAGGCAGUACUGAUGAGAGCGUACGGUAACCACACGGAGAUCAUCAUAGACCGCGAAAGAGAGAUGAACUCCCACGCUCUGCUUGCCAGCCGUGGUCUCGCCCCUCCCCUUCUGGCACGCUUCCAGAAUGGCUUGCUUUAUCGGUUCAUCCGUGGUCAACCCACUACGUACGCCGACUUGGUGCAGGCUCCGAUUUGGCGUGGCGUGGCCAGAAGGCUAGGACAAUGGCAUGCGGUCCUGCCAAUUCAGAACAAAGCGACCCCCACAACCGAGAAACCCACGUCUAUGAUGCACGAAGUAGAUCUCGAUUUGGAAUCCCGGGUCAAACAAGAGGAUGACAUAACCGCAAUUCAACCGCGGCAACCUGGACCCAACAUGUGGACGGUUCUCCAGAAAUGGAUCCUUGUUCUUCCAACUACGACUGAAGAGCAGCGUGCCAAGCGACUAGGUCUGCAGACGGAGUUUGAACGGGUCGUGCGUGAAUUCGAUGAUGGAAAGGGCCUUGGUGAUGGUGGGCUGGUCUUUGCGCACUGCGAUCUCCUCUGCGCCAACGUGAUCGUUCUUCCACGGUCAGAGGAAUCCAACAAGUCAGACGAUGAAGCCGAAACAGUGCAAUUCAUCGACUACGAAUAUGCGACGGCCUCUCCCGCUGCGUUUGACAUUGCCAACCACCUCGCCGAGUGGUGUGGGUACGAUUGCGAUUACAACAUGAUGCCCACCAGGGCCGUUCGCCGGCAGUUCUUGACCGAAUACGUCAAGAGCUACAGCAAAUACCAGGGGAUCGCAGAGUCCGCUCAGCAGGAAACCGUAGACCAGCUGUUUGAAGAUGUGGAUCGCUUCCGCGGUCUCCCCGGGUUGUUCUGGGGUGUUUGGGGCCUCAUCCAAGCACAGAUCUCGCAGAUCGACUUCGACUACGCCUCGUACGCCGAUCUUCGUCUCGGGGAAUACUACGCCUGGCGCCGGGAAACCGACGGCUCCCGAGCUCAGGCAGGCGAAGAGAUUCCCCUGCGCGAGCGACGAUGGGCACAGGAAGCAUAAACAUGCAUCCCCCAACACCGUAUCCUUGUUCGGCUAUCCACGCGUGACCAACAACUACGGCGAUUGAGAUGAGGAUGAAGAUGCACAUUGUAUAUAAUGUACUUGAUUUACUCGGUUCGCGCGUGCUGUUUUUGCCUGAGUUUUUCAUUUCGCUCUGAUUGAAGAGGGGUUCAACAAAGUUCCCUCGCGGAGUGCAAAUAUGCUGAUAGACAAUAUUUCAUUGGGAGCGGAAACUUGGGAGAACAAAAAGGGUACUACUUUACAUUUUACUAACUACAGGACAGGAGGGCUUGUCUUCAACGACUUUUUGGUGUUUCAAGGCGCCGAGGGAAUGAUAUAUACAUACUCGGAAAGAUAUAAUAAUAGAAUGCUUGGCGGUUGAAAUAAAUUGAAGUUAAAGAUAUAGACAGAACAUGAAGUGCAUGUUCAUUGACAGUAUAAUAGACAUAAGUAUAUACAUAAUCUUAUCAUAAUAAACACAGCCAUACAUCAUGAA